GCUGCCCACCGUUGGCGAGGGGGGAGAGAGCCCACAGUAUAUAAUCUGAGGGCAACGGAGGACGACGGUCCAGGAGUGCAGCUCUCGCCAUCCGCCUCCGGUCGCCCAGGCUAUCGUUCUUGCGCUUUGUGCACUUCAGCGCACUCGCUCAGGCACACUCGCACCCCAGAUUCUCGAUAUGAUGAAGUUGCUGUCGCUCAUCUCGUGCGUUGCCUUCGUGCUCGGCGUUGUUCAGGCUGUUGUGGUCCCUACACCCUCGGACAAGGCUCUGGGCGUCCCCCAUGUUGAGGUCGCGCGAGCAGGGGUGACUACACUAUCCACGACACAGCUCAAUGCGCUUGCACCGUACACUGAGUUUGCGCGUGCGGCGUACUGUGAUUCGAGCAUCAUCAACGGCUGGCAAUGUGGGCAGGCGUGCCAGGCCCUACCAGGAUUCGAGGCCACCCUGACUGGUGGCGAUGGGAACGACAUUCAGCUAUACUACGUCGGAUACUGGCCCUCCCAGAACUCUGUGGUAGUUGCUCACCAAGGCACUGAUCCUACCCAGUUCCUCUCUGACCUGACGGACGUGGAUAUCCUCAUGGCAAACCUCGACCCGACUCUGUUCCCUGGAAUCUCUACUUCGAUCAUGGCACAUCAAGGCUUCUUGGACGAGCAUGCGCAGACGGCAGCGACUAUCCUUGCCGAAACAAAGAGCUUGAUUGCCGCGAAGGGUGCAACACAGGUUAUCCUGGUUGGACACUCACUGGGCGGCGCCCUGGCGGAGCUAGACUCGCUGUUCAUGGCUAUGAACCUGCCCUCGAGCAUUCACAUCAAAGGCGUUACCUAUGGCACGCCGCGCGUCGGCAAUCCCGACUAUGCGACGUUCUUCGACUCAACAGUGCCCGACUUUGAGCGCAUCAACAACGAGCUGGACCCAAUCCCUAUUGUCCCCGGACGCUUCCUUGGCUUCUCGCACGUCCACGGCGAGAUCCACAUCGUCUCACCAGGCGAUGCUGUUUCGUGCCCUGGGGACGACGACGCGACUGAUGCACAAUGCACAAUUUCGUCCGUACCUAAUAUCGCUGAGAGCAAUAUCCUGGAUCACUUGGGGCCGUACCAGGGCAUCUUCAUCGGUACUAUUUUCUGCACCUGAAAGCUUGAUAGAUCUCGGUGAAUGGUGGUUGCGGCGUAUCAUUGUGUUCUUUCUAAGUUACGGCUGUAUAGCUAGUGUAUCAAAACGAAUAAGAGUCUUGUACCACCACUUGUGG